GCUAACGGCAAACAGUGCAGUUUAUCUCAACUACUUGUAGCGCUACUUGAAAAAAGCUAACCACACAAAAAAGCAAUUUUUAAUUUGCUCCAGCUUCAGCUUUCAGCGUCUACUUCGCUUUGUGUGGAAAUAUUUUGAGUUAAUCUGAUUUGUUAUUCGGUUCUGCCGAUCAAAUGACUACCAGUUUUGUCAUCAAUGGUACGCCUUAUGACGUUGAUUUGAGCAGCUUGCCGGUCGACAUAACGCUGAACACCUUCCUGCGCGAGCAUGCCCAGCUGACAGGAACGAAAUUCAUGUGCCUGGAAGGCGGCUGUGGCGUUUGUAUCUGCGUUGUCAGAGGCAAGCAUCCGGCGAGCGGCGAAACACGCACUUGGGCCGUCAACUCGUGCUUGACUCUGCUGAAUACCUGUACGGAUUGGCAAAUCACCACCGCUGAGGGCAUUGGCAACAAACGCGAUGGCUAUCACCCGAUUCAAAAGCGCUUGGCCAAGCUGAAUGGCUCUCAGUGUGGCUUUUGCUCGCCGGCCAUGGUAAUGAAUAUGUAUGGAUUGCUUGAAUCUAAGGGCGGUAAGGUCACCAUGGACGAAGUGGAAAACUCGUUCGGUGGCAACAUUUGCCGCUGCACCGGUUAUCGGCCGAUAUUGGAUGCAAUGAAAUCAUUUGCCAUCGAUAGCAAUAUUGGUAUACAGGGCAGCGACGACAUUGAAGAUUUCGAAUUUGUCGUUUGCCCAAUGGCGGGUAGGCAAUGUGUGAACAAGUGUUACAAGCCCCUAACUAAGCUGGCUUAUGAAAAUGGCACUUACUGGUAUUGGCCACACACACUUGCCGAUGUUUUCAAUGCACUGGGUCAAGUGGGCAAUGAACAGUAUAUGUUGGUGGCAGGAAAUACCGCACAUGGCGUCUACAGACGAUCCCCGGAGAUCAGACAUUUUAUCGAUUUGCAUGCGGUGCCGGAGUUGAAACGACAUUCCAUUGUAGGCGAAAAACUUACACUAGGCGCCAACUUGAGUCUCAGCGAAGCUAUUGAAAUUUUUCAAAAGAUUUCCAAUCGUCCCGGUUUUGAGUAUUGUCAGCAGUUGUGGCAACAUUUCGACUUGAUCGCCAAUGUACCUGUGCGCAAUACAGGAACACUUGCGGGCAAUAUCAGUAUUAAGAAGGCUCAUCCGGAGUUCCCCUCCGACGUUUUCCUUUCUUUCGAGGCACUCAAUGCGCAGAUUGUUAUUCAGGAGCUGUCAGCGCAACCGAAGAGCAUGUCCAUGCUGGAGUAUCUGAAAUUGCCGUUCAAUAAGGCGGUCAUUAUUGCAUUUGAACUGAGAGCAUAUCUAAAGGGCAGAUUCAUAUAUCACUCCUACAAAAUCACACCGCGUUCACAAAAUGCGCACGCAUAUGUAAAUGCCGCAUUUUUGCUCGAUAUGGACGUGACUUCUUGGGGCAUAGCUAACUCCGCGCGCAUUUGUUUCGGUGGCAUCAAUCCUGAUUUCGUGCACGCCACUGCCACCGAAGCAUACUUAGUAAGGCAAAAUUUAUUUGACAAGGAGGUUAUGGCCCAGGCAUUUGUGAAUUUAAAUAACGAAGUGCUGCCCGAUGAUGUAUUACCGGAGCCUUCACCGACCUACCGAAGAGCAUUGGCAUGUGGACUCUUUUACAAAACACUGCUAAAGCUUGCGCCAGCAGAAAAGGUUAGAGCUGAGUAUAGAAGUGGAGCGGACAUAUUAAGGCGGCCACUUUCAUCGGGCAUACAGAGCUUCGAGACAAUAGAGAAAAAUUAUCCGAUCACACAGCCGGUGCAGAAACUCGAUGCGUUGAUUCAGUGUUCUGGAGAAGCAACAUAUAUGGAUGACACACUCACAAUUUCAAACGCCGUCCACUGUGCAUUCGCCAAUGCCACCAGAGUAGGUGCCCACAUCGAACAAAUCGACGCAUCGGAAGCACUGGCUAUGUCAGGCGUCAUUGCCUUUUACACCGCCAAAGAUAUACCCGGCACCAAUAGUUUUUGUGAUGCAGCAUUUCAAUAUGUAGCCGAAGAAAUAUUCUGCAGUGGUGUUGUUAAAUAUUACGAUCAGCCAUUAGGCGUUGUUGUUGCACUGACGGGUGACAUUGCCAAACGUGCCGCCACAAAGGUUAAGGUUAUUUAUAGCAAUCGUCCAAACUCACGAAUUUUCCCUACUAUGACACACGUUUUUGAGGGACAGGCCAAAGAGCGGAUCAAAGAAAGGACACCUUCUCACUUGAGAGAUAUACAACUUUCAGAUCAGCCAGAUAUCUCAGCAAGAGGCAUUUUCGAAAUGAGUGGGCAAUAUCAUUUUACAAUGGAGCCUCAAACCACUGUAGCUAUACCCUUUGAAGAUGGCCUGCAAGUUUGGAGCGCCACGCAAUGGAUGGACCAAACACAGUGUGUCAUUGCUAAAAUGUUGGCGAUUUCAGCUAACGCUGUGCAAUUAAAGGUGCGCCGACUCGGUGGCGCGUAUGGUGCUAAAAUCACACGUGGUAACCAAGUCGCUUGUGCGGCCUCUCUAGCUGCCUACAAACUCAACCGACCGGCACGUUUCGUACAGUCCAUUGAGUCAAUGAUGAAUUCAAAUGGCAAACGUUGGGGUUGCCGUUCCGACUACGAGUUCCAUAUCAAAAACAAUGGUAAGAUUGUAGGCUUCACGAAUACAUAUUACGAGGAUGCAGGAUGUACAACAAAUGAGAAUCCCAUUGAGGAUCUUACGCCUUUAACAGCGAGAAAUUGUUAUGAACUCAACGACUCAAAUUCAAGGGUGUUCGGACAGGCAGUCAUCACCGAUGCACCUAGUUCAGCUUGGUGUCGGGCGCCGGGUUCAACAGAGGGAAUAGCAAUGAUAGAAAACAUGUUAGAGCAUAUGGCAUUUGAAGCUAAUUUAGAUCCCGCGGACGCCCGACUGGUCAACUUAAGGCCGGGGAAUAAAAUGGUGGAGUUAUUACCGCGUUUUCUGCAAUCGACAGAUUACCAACAGCGCCGAAAAGAAAUCGCUACAUUCAAUGAUAGUAAUCGUUGGGUUAAACGUGGACUUGGUCUGGCCAUAAUGGAGUAUCCUGUCAAUUUGGUUGGACAAUAUGCCGCUACUGUAGCCAUAUAUCAUGUGGACGGAACUGUAGUCAUAGCACACGGCGGUAUCGAAAUGGGUCAAGGUAUGAACACGAAAAUAGCGCAAGUUGCCGCACACACACUUGGCAUACCGUUGUCAUAUGUAAAGCUCGAAUACAGCGACACAAUCAAUGGAGCAAACUCAGAGGUGACAGGUGGUUCAUUGGGUAGUGAGAGCCUUUGCUUUGCCGUACGUAAAGCUUGCGAUACACUCAAUGAGCGCUUGAGACCGGUAAAAGAGGCACUUGGCAAAAACGCUAGUUGGCCAAAAGUAGUGGCCGAAGCCUGGACUCGAACCAUAAACAUGAUUGCCAGCGAACAUUAUAAACAAGGCGAUAUGAAGAACUACUUCGUUUAUGGUCUAGCAUUAACUGAAAUUAAGCUGGACAUUUUAACCGGCAAUCAUUUAAUUAAACGUGUGGACCUUUUAGAAGAUGCUGGUGAAAGUCUAAGCCCUUAUAUAGAUGUUGGACAAGUUGAGGGCGCAUUUGUCAUGCUGCUUGGUUACUGGUUAACGGAGCACUUGGUGUACGAGCGUCAAACUGGGCGACUGCUAACUAAUCGUACCUGGACAUACAAGCCACCAGGUGCCAAGGACAUACCCAUUGACUUUCGCAUCGAACUGUUGCAGAAGAAUCCCAACCCUGCUGGCUUUAUGCGUUCAAAAACUACUGGCGAGCCUCCAGCCUGCCUGGCAGUUAGUUCUAUAUUUGCUGUACAACAUGCUCUACAAUCUGCUCGACAAGAUGCUGGUGUUCAGCGUGAGUGGGUGCGUUUAGGAGCGCCAACUACGCCAGAGACAAUCGUCUUGAAUUCCGGCACUGACACGAGAACGUUUUCGUUGGAAUAGAAUGUAUAUAUAUUCAAAAUAAAUAUAGUAAUAUUAAA